AAUACCAGACUAUAAAUGCAAGCAGAGCAGGGCAAUCAUGUAAGAGAAAGCCCCAGAAGGCAAGGGGAGCAGCCAGCUGCCAAAGGGCUUUCUCCCCUUUCUCCCCUAAGCCUUGGGGCAGGCGAAGUGGAUUACAAUGACUGCCACAACCCUGGCCAGCUACGUGCAGAAGCUUUCCAACACCAAAGAGGAAAGGAAGGUAUGUCACAUUCUUUAAGAAAACCUUUGAUUGAAAGAAAACGAAGGGAGAGGAUCAACAACUGCUUGGACCAGCUCAAGGAGACUGUUGUUGGGGCCUUUCGGCUUGAUCAAUCUAAACUUGAAAAAGCAGAUAUCCUCGAAAUGACUGUAAAGCAUCUCCAGAAUAUCCAAAAUAGCAAAGUUAUGGCAGAUUCCAAAAUGGGAUUGGAAGCUCAGCAGAGGUACAGCACUGGGUAUAUCCAGUGUAUGCACGAAGUCCACAAUCUCCUCCUGACCUGCGAAUGGAUGGACAAGACCCUUGGGGCACGUCUACUGAACCACCUGCUGAAAUCCUUGCCCAGAUCUAGUGAGGAAACCUGCAAGGCAGACUUGAGUUCUACCACCCCUGGGAACAGCAAGGGGAAUAGCACAGGGUCCAACCAAUCUCAGGAUCAGUUCCAGCCUGCCGAAGACAAGCCAGGGUUGAAAAAGCCAUUCCAGCCCCAAACACCCUCGCACUGUAACCAGCGCGAGUCGUCUCCUCCCGGUCAGAUCCUGCAGUCUCAUUUUGCACACAAUGGCAUUAACAUGGGGUCAUUAGACAUGUGGAGACCGUGGUAAAACUUGUCUUGGAGAAACCUUAUUUCUAAUCUUAGACCCUCUUUUAUAUGUAUCUUAUAGAUAUGCCUCUUUAAAACACUUUUUGGAGCAAGUCUGCUCCUGUAGGUGUACUAAAGACCAGGGUACUUCAAGACGAAGUAAACCGCUGCGUAGCCUGCAUUGUAGAAGGCUGCUAUUUUAUUGUAUUUAUUUAAUGCAUCUAAAUUAUUUUAUAGAAUCUUCUCUUGGGCUGUUUAGUGUAUGUGACUUAUAUAAUGUUCCUUUUCAUAUGCUAUUAAAAGAAUUAACAACUUAUUAAUAAAAAUAGAAACCACAGCGA